CCCCGCCUUCCUCAUUCAGCCCAACCCAGGGAGACUCGCGGGCCUUUUCAUUGGCGGAGGGUCAGAGAGGCGGUACUUCUUAUUGGUCAGGCCUCAGGAGGUGGGGCGGAUUGAGCGAAACAAGGAAUGGAAUGGUGAAAAAGAAAGUCAGUCAGACGCCGAGUCCCUCCUUCAGUGAUUGGCGGGUAACCUAGCAACGCAGGUACAACGGAGUUAAGUAACUGCGUUGAGAAACCAGGGCGCUAGGAGCAGGGUCGCCAGAGCCACUAACGGCAGGAGACCUACGUAGUCUGCUAACGUCUGCGCCUCCCAGGGCGCACAGGGGCAAGGGAGACCGCUCGGAAAAUGGCUCUCGAUGUCCUCGCCGUGGCCCCUCUCUACCAGGGCCCUGACAUCAACAGAAUGAGGCUCACGGCAGAGCUGUCCAAAAAGCCGGCCUCCCCGCUAAAACCCUUGGUCCCCUCGAAGUCCAAACUCACUACCAUCGAGACCAAGAGGGUCAUGUCCGUACUGGACGAGACCAUCCACAAGGUGGAGCUGGUGACCCUGCUCUCACACUUGGCUUCCAAGGACGAGGCUCUGGAGGGGAUUCUGGGAGGGGACGUCAGGAGGGCGGUGAGAGAGCACGAGGACCUGUGUCGCAGCCUCCUGGACAGUGUCGCUUACCUGCAGGAUAAGGAGAGGCGGCUGCAGGAGGAGGAAGAGUCUGAGGAUGAGGGAUGGCUCAGAGACCGCCUCCUCUCCGUGCAGCUGCAGAAAUCCAACCUACUGCCGCUCAUGGAGCACAUCAGAGAGUCCACCAAGGACGUCCUGAGACUCUUGCUCGAUAACCCGCAGGCGGCAAAGCUCUCGGAGACGCACGCGCUGGGCAGAAGCGCAGAAGCCCAGCGUUUUAUUGACUGCCUGAUGGAACUGCGGGGCUUCCUGUUCGAGAAGCUACUCACCAGCCCCAUGGAAGCCAGGGAGAAGACUCAGUUCAUACAGGAUGUCAGUAGACAGAACAGGAGGAACCAGGACAUCAUUGAUGCGCUGGAGAAUGAGUUGGCGGCGAGCAUGAAGAACAGGGACGCAGAGGUGGAGAAAGAGAACUUCGUGAUCCAAGAACUGAAAAACCACCUGCACCAGGUGCUCAGGCUCUCCGAGAACAACCUCCUUCGCACCAAGCAGGAGGCCGAGAAGCAGCAGAAGGCAGACUUCCGGGCCUCGCAGGCCAGGGUGGCCAAGAUCCAGCAGGAGAUACUGCUGCUGAGGUCACAACACCACAACCUGGUCGUGGAAAACCGGGAGGCAGAGCAGGCACUGAGGAAGAAGAAAUACAAAGUGGAGACGGAAAUUGAGAACUGGAUCCAGAAAUACGAUAUGGAGAUGGGCGAGAAGCAGGACGAGUACGAGGAGCUCGACAUCAUCCACAAGGAGGAGAAGGUCCAGCUGGAGGAGCUGAGGCAGAGGUACAAGGUGCUCGUGGAGGAGUUCGCCCAGAUCCGGGCUGAGCGGGAGGUCAAUGCCAAGAAGAAAAUGGAGGCCGAGCAGGAGAUGCUGCGCAUGGUGCGGGCCGCCACGCUCAUCCAGGCCGUGUGGAAGGGUUACCUGGUCCGUUCCGUGCUCAGGUCCAGGAAAAAGCGAAGCAAGAGCAAAGGGAGGGGCAAGAAGGGCAGGGGCAAGGAGAAGGGCAAGGGCAAGGGCAAGGGCAGGAAGUGAGUCUCCCCCCGGGCGCCCCACUCCCGACCCGUGUCGCCGCGCUCCUCACUUCUCGGAGAGCAGGCCGGGGGGCCACGAGGAGGGGGAGCCCGGCCAUUCCUGGCUGGAGGGAUUUUUCAAAGUUAAAAACCAUCUCAAGUCCCAUCCUACAAAUAAACGUCGCUUUGCCCAGG